AUGGUGCACCAGUUACCUCGGGAACUCCGCGAUAUCAUCUACACGUACAUCCUCGAGAGCCGGUGUAGCAACCGUCAGCAUCAGGUGCUCAUGGUCGAUAAUCCCACGGCCUGGAAUCUUGCAGAGUUCACUAGCAACCCCACGCAACUCGGUAUCAAGAGACGUACCGUCAAAGGCGAUGAGAUUCCACAUUUCGCAGUAUACGAACACGUCAACGAGACCUACCGAAUCGAGUUAGCAGAGACUCUCUACCGUACCAAACUUCUCCGGGUGGCAAGCAUGCAUGAGCUCAAGUUCACACUGAACUACGACGUUCUCGUGACUAGCUGCGAUCCGAAGGAGCAUAUACGCCACAUUCAAAUCGAGCUUAAAUUUGACUGUGGUACCAAGACACAAGCUCAAUACGCCAAGCAGCUUGAACCCUUGUGGUACCUUCGUCAGAUCAAACAUCUCGAGGGACUGAAGGUGGGAUUCAUCGUCCACUUCAUAUACGAUGACGUUAUCCCGCUUCUGGAGGAAGCCACAGCACUAUUAGUUCAGUAUUUGGUAUCGGAAGGUGCGAAAGUGGGUUGGUACAGGAAGGGAAGGGGUAAUGAUGCACCAAGCAAACUUGUCAUGCCUGAGCGAAACUUCGGCAAUUCUCUACAAGAGUCCAAGGACAUGGUCUGA